UGUAGUGUAUUGACAAGAUACCAUUAUAGGACACUGCCCACUUGUGGUUAUAUAGAGUUAUGACGUUCAGUAACGUGUGUAUGUUACGUGCUUUUGUCUACAUGAGAUAAAGUCCCGCUCUCCACGCUCGGUCAAGUCUCAGUCUGAGUUAUUUCCCCACAACAAUAUAUUACAGUUUGGCGACGAGGAUGGGAUGCUAAAAGAAAGAAAAGCAUCCCGGAAGACGAGAGACAUGAAGUUAUAACAGGCAGAUCACAAGAAAGGAAGAUUGUGGCACCAACGUGAGUGGCUAACAAACGAGCUAACAAGCUAACGUGACUGCUACUGUUAUUAACGGCGGACUGCAGCAAUGGCUCUCAUCGGCAACAUGUCGGAAUACCGAGAGGGUAAGGAAGAUUUUGAAUCUUACCUGGAGAGGAUGGAACAGUGGAUGGCAGCAAAUGAUGUGGACGAUGAAAAGAAAGUCAGCGUUUUUCUGUCGCUAAUUGGAGCGGAAGCCUACGGACUUUUGAAAAGUUUACUCCUGCCGGAUAAGCCAAGCACGAAAAGUUAUGCAGCGCUCACCAAAGCACUUAGUGACCAUUACAAGCCCAAACCACUUGUCAUUAUGGAGAGGUUUCGAUUUCAGAAGAGAAAUCAACAAGAGAGUGAAUCUGUAAGUGACUAUAUGGUAGCUCUGAAACACCUGUCAACAAACUGUGAUUUUGGAGCUCACCUGGACGAUGCUCUCCGUGAUAGGUUUGUGAGUGGACUGAGAUCAGAGGCAAUACAGAGAAAAUUGCUGGCAGAGAAAAAUGUGACGUUUAAAAGUGCAUGUGACACAGCACUGUCCAUGGAGAUGGCUUCACGCAACACUUUGGAAUUCUCAGGAAAAAUUAAAGAGAAUGCAACAGUCAAUAAAGUGUUCAACCAGAGUAAAAAAAGAGAUGACAAAAGAAAAUCAAGUGACACAAGCUACAGCAAGAGUACAUCCUGGCACAAGAGCAGCGUGGAUGACAAGCAGCAACAGCUACACCAGCCCUGCUACAGAUGUGGAGGUAAACACCCACCUGCUGUGUGCAGAUUUAAACAGGAAAAAUGCCACCACUGCACAAAAGUGGGACACAUUGCACGCAUGUGCAGGAAUAAAAAGACACCACAAAAGACUCAUUAUGUUGAACAGGAGGCUGAAACAAGCCCAGCGGAUGAGGAUAAUGAACACUUGUUUGGACUGUACGUAGUAUACACAACUUCAGAUGGUAAAGAUGGCUAUGUGGUUGACAUGGACAUUGAAGGCCAGAACAUUCAGAUGCAGUUGGACACAGGAGCAUGUGUGUCUCUUGUAUCAGAGAUCACUUACAAGACAUCGCUCGCUCACUUGCCACUUAGCCCAUGUAAAAUACCGCUGUCUACUUUCUCUGGAGAACGCAUCCCAGUGUUGGGGAAGGUGGAGGUGAAUGUGGAAUAUGAACAACAAGCAGCCAAAGUACCACUGGUUAUUGUGAAAGGCGACCGACCAGCACUACUGGGCAGAAAUUGGCUCAAGAAAUUUAAGCUGAACUGGAAGGAAAUAUUCCAAGUCAAAGUAGUAGGAGAAGCUAUUGACCCAGAAGUGGCAGCAAUCCUACAGAGGCACAAGGGAGUGUUUGAGGAAGGGCCUAGCACCAUCCGUGAGUUCAAGGCUUCGAUCAAGAUGAGGCCAGGUGCGCAGCCAAUAUUUAGAAAAGCCAACCAAGUGCCAUAUGCUCUAAAAGAGGCUGUGGAAAAAGAACUCGACCGAUUAGAGGCUAUGGGAAUCAUAUCAAAAACAGACAAAAGUGAAUGGGCUGCACCCAUAGUGACUGUGCCAAAGGCUGACAAAUCAAUCCGGAUUUGUGGAAAUUACAAAGUGAACAUAAAUCAGUGUGUGGAAGAGGAAACUUAUCCUUUGCCCAAUACAGAAGAUCUUUUUGCAACAUUGGCUGGAGGCAAGCUGUUCACUAAACUGGACUUAUCACAUGCCUAUCAGCAGUUGGAGUUGGAUAAGGACUCAGAGAAGUACCUUACAGUCAACACACAUCGAGGACUGUACACUUACCACCGACUGUCAUAUGGAGUCUCAAGUGCCCCGUCCAUCUUCCAAGCAGUGAUGGACCAAAUCCUACAGGGAAUAGAGCAUGUGACCUGUUUCCUGGACGACAUCUUAAUCACAGCUGGUUCGAGAGAGGAACAUCUGCGCAAACUGGAGGAAGUGUUGAGUCGCCUGGCAAAGUAUAAUGUAAAGGUCAAGCAAGCAAAAUGUAAGUUCAUGGCAGACAGAGUGGAAUAUUUGGGACACAUGGUUGACAGUGAGGGGCUUCACCCCACAGAAGAGAAGGUGAAAUCUAUUGUAAACGCACCAAGUCCCACAAAUGUCACAGAGCUUCGUUCCUUCCUGGGACUACUGAACUAUUAUGGCAGGUUUAUGCCAAAUCUGUCCAUGCAGCUUCAACCUUUGCAUAACUUACUGAGACGUGAAAGUGUUUGGCAAUGGACAGUAGAAUGUGAGGCUGCGUUCAACAGUGCAAAAGAUCAACUACUGCAGAGCACCCUAGUAGUUCACUAUGACACCAGAAAGCCACUGAAACUAGCCUGUGAUGCUUCGCCUUAUGGUGUCGGCGCUGUUAUCUCUCAUGUGAUGGAGAAUGGAGAAGAAAAGCCCAUAGCAUUUGCAUCUCGCACAUUGUCAGAGGCAGAAAGCAAAUAUGCUCAAAUAGAGAAGGAAGCCCUCUCUAUAAUUUUUGGAGUGAAGAAGUUUCACAAAUACCUGUAUGGGAGGAAAUUUACUCUCAUUACUGACCAUAAACCACUCUUGGCAAUCCUUGGCCCAAAGUCAGCUAUCCCCACACUAGCCGCUUUGAGAAUGCAGCGCUGGGCGCUCAUAUUGAUGGCUUAUAACUAUGACAUAGAGUAUCGCCAGUCUGCAGAGCAUGCAAAUGCAGACGCGCUCUCCCGGUUGCCAAGUAAAGUCAGAGACAGCACUGCUGAGGAAGGAAAGAUCUUCUAUUUCUCUUUGAUGGAGGAUUUACCUGUGAAAGCCAGCGACAUCGCACAGAGCACAAACAAAGAUCCGGUGCUUAGCCGAGUUAGGGAGCUCACUCUAAAUGGAUGGCCAAGUCAUGCAAGGGAGGAGACACUCAACCCAUUCUCUAUCAGAAGAACUGAACUAUCAGUGGAACAAGGAUGUGUCCUCUGGGGAAUGAGAGUUGUAGUCCCCUCAGCUCUCAGACCAAAGCUGCUGCAUGAUCUUCACCAGGGUCAUCCUGGUAUGUGUCGCAUGAAAGCCUUAGCAAGGAGCUACAUGUGGUGGCCCGGCCUGGAUAAAGACAUUGAAAAAACUGUGAAAGAGUGCAAUGCAUGUCAGACAGUGAGACAACUACCAGCAGCGGCUCCACUGCAUUGUUGGAAAUGGCCAACGCGAGUGUGGCAACGGAUACACAUAGAUUUUUGUGAGAAAGAUAAACAGUAUUUUUUAGUCCUUGUUGACAGUCAUUCAAAAUGGUUGGAGGUGGUUCCCAUGACAACCACAACAUCAGCUAAAACUAUUGAAGUUCUGCGCAACAUUUUUGCAUCUUAUGGACUGCCUGAGGAAGUUGUUUCAGACAACGGGCCUCAAUUCACAUCAAGUGAAUUUAAGCAGUUUCUGAGAGGAAAUGGCAUCAAACAAACCUUGGUCCCAGCGUAUCAUCCGCUUCUAAUGGAGCAGCUGAAAGGUCAGUGCAGACAGUGAAAUCUGCAUUGAUGAAGCAAGUGUUGGAAGAUGAGGGUUCUGUUACAUUGCAGCAUAGACUGGCAAAUUUCUUACUGAUGUACAGAAGCACACCGCACACUGUAACAGGUGUUUACCAGCUGAGUUGUUUCUUAAACGUCAAGUGAGGACCCGUUUUAGUCUUCUGAAACCAUGUCUGGCUGGAACUGUUGAGGAGAAACAACAAAGUCAGAAGAAAUACCAUGACAAAGGCAGGACCAAGCUGAGAGAGUUGUCGGCGGGUGACCAGGUGUCUGUGAGAAAUUUUCGUGAGGGAAAGGAGAAAUGGAUGAGAGGGACAGUUGUAAAACGACUUGGACCUGUUUCUUACCUGAUAAAUGAUGGUGUGAGAGAACGCACAGUUCACAUUGAUCACCUGUUACUCUUGCAUGAAAAAGCUGUGGAUGACAACAGCUCAAGUGAUGAUGCUUACCGGACACCAGAUCUGGAUUCACUACACCCAAGAAGCAGCAUCCAGGAGGCAGAGCGGAGGAUUGCUACUCCAGCACCAGCUCACUCUCUGGUGAAACCUGCAACUCUCCCUGAAAGACUCAGCCCUGCAUCCUGUACACACUCUUCAGCCCAGUACAGCAGUACACCAGUGAAACCAGCAGAGCCAGUGGCUGUCUCAGUCACCACCCAACAAACUGAGCGCCGCUAUCCAGAGCGUCUGCGGGCUCCACCCAAAAGACUGACUUUUUGAAAAGCUAGGAAACCAUAUCCUUUUUUGGUUCAAGUGCUUUUGAUUAUUCUAGUUGUUUCUGAAUAGUUAAUUAUUAGUAAAAGUGAAGUUAACUGUUGCUUAUGAGCAGCUGGAGUUUGAAAAAAAAAUGAAUGAGACAACACCGUUUAAUUUACUGAAGAAGACUCUUUAAGUUAUACGAAGUAAAUUGUCUGUUACCGUAUUUCUAAGCUAAUUGCAGUAUUUGGAGUUUGGGGGUUAAAGUUUAAAGGGGAGGAGUGUAGUGUAUUGACAAGAUACCAUUAUAGGACACUGCCCACUUGUGGUUAUAUAGAGUUAUGACGUUCAGUAACGUGUGUAUGUUACGUGCUUUUGUCUACAUGAGAUAAAGUCCCGCUCUCCA